GAUUCGGGUUCGGAAAUCCAAAUCAGUCUCCCAUCGCUAAUGCACGCUCUCGCAUGAGUUGUGUUUUUAUUCCUCUCUCUCUCUUAAUUCGAAAUUCCUUCUUGUCUUCUCUGCGCUUCUCUUCCCUCGCCUCUCCCUUUUUUUAUUGGAUCUAUCCUGAGUUCCUUCUCACAAUCUCUCGAUCCAAGCUAUCUCUCUCUCUCUCCAGCAUCGCGGAUUUGGUGCUUGAAUCCUGCUUGAUCGAGAUAACUGCCCUCCAUUGCGAUCAAAAGCUUGAAUUUUUCGGAUUCAUUGACUAUGCAUUUAUUCAGUUGCGGAUGUCACGGACCAUAAUAUCAUAUUGAGAAGUGGCAUUUGGAGUAUUUGGGUGGAGUGGAAUUUGACAGUCAGUAAAAAAGUUUGGCUAUGGAAACAUAAUCAUCCUGGGCAGAUAAAGUUAUUUUGUUGAAAAUCAUGGGGACUGAAAAUCCUGGCCGUCCAAAUCCUGUGACUGGUUCACCAUUUGCUGCUGCUCCUCCUACAGUUACACCAUUUUCAGCAUCUGGCCCGGUGGUGGGAUCAGAGGCCUUGGGCUUUAGACCCCCUGCUCAACCUCCCCAAAACACCAUGCUUUCUAUGUCAUCUGGGCCUGUGGCUGGAUCACAAGCUUCUGGGUUCAGGCCUAACAACCCCCCAGCUAGGUUUAAUGAUCCUUCCGUGGCUUCUUCACCAACAGCAUAUGUCCCACCCACCAGCGGACCCCCCUUCCAGCGCUAUCCAACACCGCAAUUUCCCUCUGUUCAUCAAGCUCCACCGAUCGGUCAACCACCAUUUCAGCCUCCUGCAGGUCAAUUACCAUCUCCAGCUUCCUUUCAUCCACAGCCACAAGUACCUGUAGUGCCAAUGGGAUCUCCUCCAUCAAGUUUGAAUGUUCCUCAAUUGUCAUCGGAUUCAUCGUCUUUUGCAUCCAGGAUGAAUUUUCAGCCAUCUUUCCCACGUAUGGACUCAUCUUAUUCCGCUUCUAGGGCCACUUUGCAGCCAUCCUUGCCAGGAUAUGUAAAGCAGGCAAAUGCAAUUUCACAAGCUUCUCCAAUGACGCCCUUUCAAGCUCAACAGGGAAGUUAUGCAGCAUCCACACCAACACCACCUCCCCCCUUUCUUCCUCAGCAAGGAGGUUUUGCUCAACCUCCACCAGUAGGCACCCCCUUUGGAUUGCAUUCCAGGGAUCAAAUCCAACAUCCAGGCUCUGCACCUCCUAUAGGUGGCAUCCAAGGGUUGGCAGAAGACUUCAGCUCACUCUCUGUUGGAUCUGUUCCUGGAUCAAUUGAUUCAGGGCUUGAUCCAAAAGCAUUACCGAGGCCAUUGGAUGGUGAUAUGGAGCCAAAUUCAUUGGGAGAUGCAUACUCCAUGAAUUGCAAUCCUAGAUAUCUUCGGCUUACCACUUCUGCUGUACCAAGUUCACAAUCUUUGCUUUCAAGGUGGCAUUUUCCUCUUGGAGCAGUUAUUUGCCCGCUUGCAGAAGCUCCUGAUGGGGAGGAGGUACCAGUAAUUAAUUUUGUCUCAACUGGCAUUAUUCGUUGUAGAAGAUGUCGCACAUAUGUAAAUCCCCAUGUGACAUUUACAGAUUCUGGAAGAAAGUGGUGUUGCAACAUCUGUGCUCUGCUUAAUGAAGUUCCUGGAAACUAUUUUGCUCAGCUAGAUGCCACUGGCAGGAGAAUUGAUUUGGACCAGAGACCUGAGCUUACAAAGGGUAGUGUGGAGUUUGUUGCUCCGACUGAGUAUAUGGUGCGGCCUCCAAUGCCACCAUUAUUUUUCUUUCUCAUUGACGUUUCAGUAUCUGCAGUUAGAAGUGGUAUGAUUGAGGUUGUGGCCCAAACUAUUAAGUCCUGUUUGGAUGAGUUACCAGGCUACCCCAGAACGCAGGUUGGGUUCAUCACCUUUGACAGCACAAUACAUUUUUACAACAUGAAGUCAUCAUUAACACAGCCUCAGAUGAUGGUGGUCUCAGAUCUUGAUGACAUAUUUGUUCCCUUGCCUGAUGAUCUCCUUGUUAACUUGUCCGAGUCAAGAUCUGUGGUGGAAGCUUUUCUUGAUAGCUUACCCUCCAUGUUUCAGGACAAUGUGAAUGUGGAGUCUGCUCUUGGCCCUGCUGUAAAAGCAACUUUCAUGGUUAUGAGCCAGCUUGGUGGGAAAUUGCUGAUAUUUCAGAACACGAUUCCAUCUCUUGGUGUUGGCCGUUUGAAGUUGCGUGGAGAUGAUCUUCGUGUUUAUGGAACUGAUAAAGAGCAUGCUUUAAGAAUUCCAGAAGAUCCAUUCUAUAAAAACAUGGCUGCCGAAUGCACCAAGUACCAGAUAGGAGUUAAUGUGUAUGCCUUCAGUGAUAAAUACACUGAUAUAGCCUCCUUAGGAGCUCUAGCAAAAUACUCCGGAGGGCAGAUAUAUUACUAUCCAAGUUUCCAAUCAGCCACUCAUGGAGAGAAGUUGAGACAUGAGUUGGCUAGAGAUCUUACAAGAGAAACUGCUUGGGAAGCUGUCAUGCGCAUAAGAUGUGGAAAAGGUAUCCGGUUUACAUCUUACCAUGGAAACUUCAUGCUAAGGUCCACUGAUUUAUUAGCACUUCCAGCUGUUGACUGUGACAAAGCAUAUGGGGCACAGUUAUCACUUGAAGAGACAUUACUUACAAGUAAAACAGUAUAUUUCCAAGUUGUUUUGCUAUACACUGCUUCUUGUGGAGAGAGGCGUAUCAGAGUACACACAGCAGCAGUGCCUGUAGUUACAGAUUUGGGGGAGAUGUAUCGCCAGGCUGAUACUGGUGCUAUUGUGUCUUUGUUUGCCAGGCUAGCAAUCGAGAAAUCAUUGUCCCACAAGCUGGAAGAUGCACGAAGCUCUGUACAGUUGAGGAUUGUGAAAGCUCUUAGAGAAUACCGAAAUCUCUAUGCCAUGCAACAUCGCUUGGGAGGCAGGAUGAUAUAUCCAGAACCUCUGAAGUUUUUGCCUUUGUAUGGAUUGGCACUUUGUAAAUCAGCGGCUCUUCGAGGAGGGUAUGCUGAUGUUCAACUUGACGAUCGCUGUGCAGCAGGAUUCACUAUGAUGGCAUUACCUGUAAAAACAAUGUUGAAGCUUUUGUACCCUAGCUUGAUACGAGUAGAUGAAUAUCUUUUGAAGCCAUCUGCACAAGCCGACGAAUUCAAAAACAUCAUGAAACGGUUACCAUUGACCUCCGAGAGCUUAGACUCCAGAGGCCUUUAUGUAUAUGAUGACGGUUUUCGCUUUGUUGUAUGGUUUGGUAGAAUGUUUUCACCUGAUGUAGCAAUGAAUUUACUUGGACAAGAUGCUGCUGUUGAGUUUUCCAAGGUUGCUCUCGGUAAGCAUGAUACUGAGAUGUCAAGAAAGCUAAUGGGGCUACUUAAGAAAUUAAGAGAUAGUGAUCCUUCAUAUUAUCAGCUUUGCAAUCUUGUAAGACAAGGUGAACAGCCCAGAGAAGGUUACCUUCUUCUCACAAAUCUUGUGGAGGACCAGAUUGGGGGUGCCAGUGGUUAUAGUGACUGGAUGGUGCAAAUACAUCGGCAAGUCCAGCAAAAUGCAUAAAUUGAAGCCAGUGUUGCUUUGUGCUGUUUCAUCGUAAGGUCAAUUCUUUGAAAUUAUUUGAACAUAAUUUACCCACCCCCGCAUACACAGCAGUUCUCAUUUAGGACAUACAUGAGAAUAGUGGCUGCGUAUGUGUGCUCAUGUUCAAUAUGGCAAAAGAAAAGGCUUUUUGAAUUAUGCAGUUGUGUGGUGCUUCAGAUACUUUUUUCCAGAGUGAUCGUUCUGCUUAGUGGAAUAUGUAAUGUUUCACCCCCCCCCCCCCCCUUUUGUUUUUUGAGAUCUUGAAUUUCUUGUGUUCAUGGGUUUUCUAAAUUUGACGGCUGUCAUUCCUGCAAAAACUCGACAUCUUUCAUUAUGCAGGCUUCUUUUUUUGAUGGCUUGCCUGUCCCGCACCUGUAGAGUGAAACAUGUUUUGUUAAAAAAAGCAUAAAUAAUCAGCACUUGACCAUGGCUUCCCGUCGAUAUUGUGGAUGGUUGAGUUUGGACUGAUCGCCCAGAUGGACUUUGAAGCUACCAUUUGGUUGGUCCUUAACAAGAUUCGAUAAUUAAGGGAGAUUUACUUCAGUGAUUAUUUUGGCGCUGCAGUUUUCAUGUUGAAAAGCAAAACAGUAUCAAUAUUUUUUUUUUUGUACUUGAUGACAGUAAUUAUCAUCAGUAAUUGUUAUAUUUGUGUUGUAUCCCGAGUCUUUUAUGCACAAAAUUUUUGAAUGUCCAUUAGGCAUUUAUUUAUUCAGAGAGAGAUGUUUUAUGUUUGCUUAACGAACUGCUGUAGCAUCAUCUCUGAAGCUUUGGAAUAAUGUUAUGUUUUCGUUAUUGGAAGGCAAUGCUUUUUACUGUUA